AUGAGUUGGCGAUCAAAACAUAUAUGGAUAGAACUUAUAGUGGGGUCUCGAAAAACAAGUAAUAUCUGUUGGGCCGUUAUACUCUUUUUAGGUUCAUUAGGUUUUUUUUUGGUUGGACUUUCCAGUUACCUUGGCAGAAUGGGGAUAUAUUUAUUUGCGUCUCAGCAAAUCCUUUUUUUUCCACAAGGCAUCGUGAUGGCCUUCUAUGGUAUCGCCGGUCUAUUUAUUAGCUCGUAUUUGUGGUGCACAAUUUCGUGGAAUAUUGGUAGUGGUUAUGAUCGAUUCGAUAGAAAAGAAGGAAUAGUCUCUCUUUUUCGUUGGGGCUUUCCGGGAAAGAAUCGUCGCCUCUUACUCAGAUUUUUUAUAAAAGAUAUUCAGUCUAUCAAAAUAGAAGUUAAAGAGGGUCUUUUUCCUCGACGUGUUCUUUAUAUGGAAAUCAGAGGUCAGGGAGCCUUUACUUUGACUCGGACCAAUGAAAAUAGGACUCCACGAGAAAUUGAGAAAAAGGCGGCGGAGUUGGCCUAUUUCUUGCAUGUACCAAUUGAAGUCAUGCAAACUAGAAAGAGCCUUUCUGGGAUAAAAGCCGAGAUUACUUGCUUCAUUUCUGUAUCGCUCAUCAUAUAUAUAACGACUCAGGUAUCCAUUUCAAGUGCAUAUCCUAUUUUUGCGCAGCAGGGUUAUGAAAAUCCACGUGAGGCAACAGGGCGUAUUGUCUGUGCCAAUUGUCAUUUAGCUAAUAAGCCUGUGGAUAUUGAGGUUCCGCAAGCAGUCCUUCCAGAUACUGUAUUUGAAGCAGUUCUUCGAAUUCCUUAUGAUAUGCAACUGAAACAAGUUCUUGCUAAUGGUAAAAAGGGAGCUUUGAAUGUGGGGGCUGUUCUUAUUUUACCCAAGGGCUUUGAAUUAGCCCCAGCAGAUCGUAUUUUUCCAGAGAUGAAAGAAAAGAUAGGCAAUCUCUCUUUUCUGAGUUAUCGACCCAAUAAAAAAAAUAUUCUUGUGAUAGGACCUGUGCCUGGUCAGAAAUAUACUGAAAUUACCUUUCCUAUUCUUUCUCCGGACCCCGCUACUAAAAAAGAUGUUCACUUCUUAAAAUAUCCUAUAUAUGUAGGUGGAAAUCGGGGAAGAGGACAAAUUUAUCCCGACGGUAGCAAGAGUAAUAAUACGGUUUAUAAUGCGACAGCUGCGGGUAGAGUAAGCAAAAUCAUACGAAAAGAGAAAGGGGGAUACGAAAUAACCAUAACAGAUGCCUCAGAGGAGCGUCAAGUGAUUGAUAUUAUACCUCCAGGACCAGAACUUCUUGUUUCAGAAGGUGAAUCAAUCAAACUGGAUCAACCAUUAACGAGUAAUCCGAAUGUGGGUGGAUUUGGUCAGGGUGAUGCGGAAAUAGUACUUCAAGACCCAUUACGUAUCCAAGGCCUUUUGUUCUUCUUGACAUCGGUUAUUUUAGCACAAAUUUUUUUAGUUCUUAAAAAAAAACAGUUUGAGAAGGUUCAAUUGUCCGAAAUGAAUUUCUAG